AUGACCGUCAACAGCAAUGAGGGCGAACGCUUGGUGGCUGAUGGCAACAAGGUGGCCAUCAAGGGUGUGGGAACCAUCAUGGAAAAGGUGGUUCUGCCCAACGGUGAAGAGCGUGAGAUCGAAAUCAAGAACGCGCUAUAUGUUCCAAGUAUGAGCAAGAACCUGCUCUCGGUGCCACAGAUUAACAGCCAUGGCAACUUUCAACUCGUGUUUGACGGGUCCAAGAUGUAUGUGACUCUCAAGAACUCACAGCAAGUGGUGGCGACAGCGGAUCUCGUGGAUGGACUCUACUGGCUUCGGACGACUCAACGAUCAGCGAAUGUGACAACAAGUGGAACCAGUUGUGCCGAUCUACAUGCGAGAAUGGGUCAUGCUCCAGUCGAUGUACUUCGCAAGAUGAUCGCGACCAACAUGAUCAAGGAUGUGCGAGUCCCUCUCAAGUCGGGUGGAGCAACUACAUGUCGAGGAUGUCAACAAGGGAAAAUGGUCCAAAAACCAUUUCCAAGCAACCGAGACAAGCGCAGCUACGAUACGUUUGAGCUACUUCAUCUGGACAUCUGCGGGCCCAUGGAAAAGGAUUCGCUCGGUGGCAGCAAAUAUUUGCUGCUGAUCAUCGACGAAGCCAGUGGAUGCAUGAAGGGCUUUUGUCUACGAGUGAAGUCCGAGAGUGAAGACUACAUCCGGAAAUAUAUCACCAUGGUACAGACGCAAUUCUGUAAGAAGGUCAAGUUCGUGCGACACGACGGAGCUCGCGAGUUUGCAACCAACUCGCUUCAACUGUUCUACGAAGACGAAGGCAUUGAACAGCAGACAACGGUGCCGUAUGCACAUCAAACAAACGGAACAGCAGAGCGUGCCAUUAGGACUAUUGUCACGAUCGGCCGCAGCAUGCUUCAUCAUGCCAAACCGGACAAGUGUUUCUGGGCCGAAGCAGCGAUGACGGCCAUCUACGUCAAGAAUCGACUGCCGUCACCUAAAGUCGUGCACAAGACCCCGUUUGAGAUCGUCUACAACUUGAAACCAAGCGUCAAGCACAUGCGAACAUUCGGCUGUCAGACGUUUAUACUGACUCCGAAAGAGAAGCGACUCAAGUGGGAUCCCAAGGCUCGCGCUGGCAUAUUCGUGGGCUACGAAGAAGUGUCCAAGGCAUAUCGUGUAUUUGACAUCGAGGAGGGGCGGGUUGUUGUCAGUCGGGAUGUUAACUUCGACGAGUCCACCUUUGGACUUCAACUGCCGAUCACUGAUGAAGAUGUCGAUGACCUGGACUUCGAAUUGCUGGAUCUUGAUGACGAAGAGCUGCGUCAAAUGGAGUAUCAGCAAACAGUCAAGCGCAAGAACCGACUCAAUGAUGAAGAUACAGCAGCUCCACGACCGCGUGCAGUGCGUCAACGACCAGGACUAGAAGAGUCAAGCGCGCCGGAAAACAACUCGUCACGCCAAGAAGAAGAAGAUGAAGAAACGAAGGAUUCUGGUGAUUCAACACCGCCUGUGUUUUGCGUGCGAGUGCAAAUGCUGUUGAAGCAGCAGUGGAAUUGUCGGAACCGUCGACAUUUGAAGCAGCAGUGA